AUGAACAACGACGACGACAAUGCUCAGGCAAAUGCCGACGGCGGUGCUCAGGCAAACGGCGUUGGCGGUCCUCAAGCAAACGUCGCUGCCGGUGAUCAGGCAAACGUCGCUGCCGGUGCUCAGGCAAAUGCCGGAGGCGUUGCUCAGGCCAACGGCGUUGCCGGUGCUCAGGCAAACGUCGCUGCUGGUGCUCAGGCUAACGGCGUUGCCGGUGCUCAGGCAAACGUCGCUGCCGGUGCUCAGGCAAACGGCAUCGGUCCUCAGGCAAAUGGCGUCGGCGGCCCUCCAGUCUUCCCCGUCCCUAACGCAAAUGCCGGCGGUCCUCAUGCUAACGGCCUCGUCGCUCAUGACAACCCUCAGGCAAACGCCGGCGGCGGCCCUCAGGCGAAUGCCGGCGGCGUCCCUCAGGUGAAUGCCGGCGUAAUUCAGGCAAAUGUUAAUCGCGGCUUGGCAGGGUUCAAUCACGCGCUGCAAAGACUAGAUUACGGACUGGAUCGCAUGAAUCAGGGCAUGGAUUUUCUUGAAUUUGAAGCGGCUGAGGCGGAGGCGGUGGAAGUCAAUCGGCCGGCGAUCUUGGACGUGAUGCGGGCCUGCCUGGAAAGGAUGACGCAGGCGGCGGUCAGAAUCCAAGGCUCCAUUAAUGAUAUCGCUCAUCGCUUCGAGUUCGAACCGGAAGUCCAGGUGUUCCCCGCGGAGGUUCGGCAGAUUAGCGUCACUGCGAGAAUGAUCAGCACGUCGGCGUUGGCCAUCCACAGUUUUCUGGUGUAUAAUGCCGACUGCCACAUCGACGAUGAAGGCGGACACGGCAACAUUCAAGAUGGAUUGGCUCAUGUGAAUCUUGCAUUGGCUGUGUUUCAACACCACAUUAGCUGUUUCCUUGGCUACGAACCUCCGGGGUUGGUCUGGGAGGAUCAUGCUUUUGACAUGCAACAGUAA